AUGAAAGAAGGACAAAGACUUAAUCAAUCAUUUUCUUAUUGUCGAUCAAGCCCUGAGAAGAAGGGUUCAAGACACAAUAAAGUUAUCUCAGAUGCUUAUCGAAAGUUUCUUGCUACUUAUUAAUAGUUAUCUAUGUUAGGCAGUUAGUAUAAAUAUUCACAUAGUACACUUAUGCCUUAUAUUCACUUUUUUAAAUACAUGGCUAAGAGAUAUGAUGAAACAAAUCAAAAAUGCAAAUUGAAAAUGUGGAUUCCAGAUACUAUCAUAUUAAAUGAUUUAGAUUUAAGUGCAAUAUGGCUGUAUAGCAGUGCAGAUGGUUAUGUUUAUAGAACAGAUUCAUUCACUUCUCGAAAUGCAGCCUAAAAAUUUACUGAUGGUUCCAAUGAUCCAGAUGAAUUGAUUGCUGUUGCAAAGAAGCCACACUACAAAGAUAUGGAAUUAAUUGGAAAUGACACAAAACCAAUUUUAUAAAAAGAUGUUCCAUUGAUAUUUUCAAAUGCUAUGAGCGUUAAGUAGGAAAUCACUUGCUUAUAAAAAUAUAUUAAAUGCCAAGGUCCUAUGGCUUACAUCUGUAGGACUAUUUGGAGAAAGAAUGGAUAAACUACAGCUUGGGUUAUUACCAAUAAACUGACAUUUCAAGAUGAUGAAGGAGAUUAUGCUUAAAGAUGCCUUGCAAGUGCCAGCAAAUAUAAAUCAACCAAUAUAAUACAAUGUAAGGGCGGUCGUUUCAUUGAAGAAACCAUCCCUUACAUUUAAAAUCUGUUACUCUAUUGCAGAUAGAAUAUGAAUGUCGAAUUUGAUGAAUUAGGCUGUGAUUUUACAAAGGGAAUAGAUAACAAAUGGUAUUUACUUAAUGUUAGAGGUUUCAAAUUGGUGAAUCCUUCUCAUAUAAUCUUUACUAGGCAUAUUACUCAUGAUGAAUAAAUACCUGAGGAUUAUGAAAGAAAACAAACGACGAACUCGAACCAAUAAUGGAAUUUUACAAAGACAUAGGUAUGUAAGUUUUGUGAAUUGAUAUACCCAGCCAAAGAAUUAACUCAUUAAUUAACUUUAAAAAUGUUAAUAGAGUGUGAUUUACAUUUAUUAAGUAGAAAUAUUGAAUUAAAACAUCUAUAAAUUAGAAAUAGAAUAAACUUUACUCAUCUUGACAGUGCUAUGCUAUUUCAUAAAUAUUAUGUUUGUGAUAGUUGUUAUUAAUUAUUUAUGGCAUGCGAUGAGUUAAUAUAGCUUGAAUUCAAGAUGGCAUAAAAAUUAGGAAUUGAUGUGUAUGAAAAAAACAACAUUAUUUCACUUACUUAAUAAGAUUAUCGAGUGAAAGGACCAAAUGUCAUUUAGAGAUAAGCUAACACUAUCUAUGGAAACGGGGAAUAUUUUAUCAAACCUCUUGAUUGGGAAAUGUUAAAUGAAGUAUAAAUAAAAUUAAUGCCAAAUCUACCUGAAAUUGAUUAUGGAACCAUUCCAAAGAUGAAGAGGUUUAGAAUAAUGAUCUAUAUUAAAACUCUAUCUCAGAUUCCAAUCGAAUCAUAAUUCAAUCAGUGCAAAUAUUACAUUUAUUAUAACUUUCUCAAUUAAGAAAUUAAGUAAUCUAUUGAUCUUAUUUUAGGUUUUAAUUAGACAUGAAAAAGAGCAUAGACCACUCAAAAGAUGUAUUAAAUAUUGAUCAUGUUAAACUCUUUUAUCUUUUUGCAGCUGAAAGAUAGGAUAUUAAUUGUAUUUUAUCACAAUUAAAAAUUGGUUUAUUAUGUAAUUAAGAGUUAAUAGGAGAAUUGGAAUGUGAAUUAGGAGGUUUCAAAAGUUCCUAAGUUACAAUUAAAGAGUAUAUAAAGUAUUUUUCUGGAAUUUAAAUUAAAUAAAUUUUAUCAUGGUCAACUGAUUUGAGCAUAGGAUUAGUCGAAAGUUAGCAAGGAAGUAUAAAUGUAGAGAGAAUCAAAUUAUAAAAAUAAGGAUUAAUUUAUUUGCCAAAUAUUGAUUAUUAUUGUAGCGAGCCAUUACCUUAGGAAUGGAUGAAUUAAUUUGAAAAAAGGAAAAAAAAUAAUAUGAAUCAAAUUGGAAAUAAUAGCACAACUUUUGCAAUAUCGGAUGUUUCCAACAUUUUAGAUCAUUCAAGAGUCCACUAAACCAAGCAUCCAUCAAAAAAAAGUUGUACUGCAAAUACGACUGUCCCAAACAAAUUAGAUUAAUCUUCAGUCUUAUAUUCUGAACUAUUAGAAUAUGAAAAAGAGUAUUAUUUUAGUUUAAUUUUUAUAGCACAGAUAAAAUACUUAAUUUUGAUUAUUGA